AGGUUGCGCUUCAAGUAGCCAGGCCAGGGAGUUCAAGUAAGGUUAGUUGUCAAAUGCGCCACGUGAGCUUCACGAUACGAGAUAAUAAUCUACACACAAUCAAGAAAAUCAAAAAAAUCAUCACGAAAAAAGUUAGCGCGGGAGUUUCAAGUGCAAGUGGAUUUCUAGCUCCGGCACGUGUCUUGUUCGGUGGAACACAGAACACAGCUCAGUUCAAGAUCGAAAAUGCAAAGAAACAUGCAAUCGUCAUGUGAAAGGCCUGCGAUAACUAACUUACUCCAGCGACUUUCCAGUCAGAAAGACCGUUUGCUGUACAACAACCUGAUAGUUUGAAGCCAUGUCAAGUGAACACCCGUCUCGAGCUCUGCCUGUGGAUGCAGUUGAGAUCAAGAAGAUGCGAAAGAUGCGGAGUGAUUUAGAGAAACGCAUCAAACAACAGGAAAAGAGGCUAGAGCGAGCACUGGACAAGCGUCGCCGUUCCUCUACUCCACUCAAGUCACCCAUCCAGUGCUGUACACCAUCACCGACUACUGCUAGUGGUCAUCAAGCAGCAGCCCUGUCUGUUGUACGGCCAUCCACCACACCAAACCAAGCUCAGAAGCCUGACGUCCGUGCUAGCAAGCCGGAACAGAACUCUCCUGAAAAGGUUGUCACGGCUCCGUCUUCUGACUGCCCCGACACUGGACAUGCUGAUUCACACAGCGCAGACACAGUGACCUGGGUGCCUGGUCUGCCAUUCCCAGCCGAGUACUAUGUCCGCACAACACGGAAAAUGUCCGCAACGUCAUCACAGCCGACUGAGGGGACAGGUGUACGUUGCUCUCCCCUAUUGCCUUCUUCGACACCAAGCCCAUCCAGGCGACCUAAAGGACGCGGCCCAUCACAGCGGCACAACCGCCUAGCUGCUGCUACUACUCCUGUCCCUUCUGGUGCCCCUGAUACUUGUACAAAUGCAGCAACAGCUGCAACUGAGGCGGUGGUAUCGUGUCAGAGUGCCAGUGAAUCUGAUUACAGUGGUGCAAACACCGACGAUGCUCGGCUCGAAGCACGCAUUGGCAACUUGAUCACGGGUGGAGUGGCUGCUGAUAAUGCGUUCAUUGCCACACACACCGACGAGGAAGAGUGUGAUCAGUUUUGCUUGGCGGCACACUCGCCUCGCACGGACCAUCUUGUGUCGGAUAGCGUCUGCCCACCACCCAGUGAGCCUAAGUCUGUGCCUGAAGAAACAUGUGCUAAGACCACCCACCCACCACAGGGAAACAGUAGAGGCGCAGGUGGAAGCGGAGAAGACAUUGCCAGCUCUCCCUUCUCUUGUUAUUCAGAUACCCAGCACUCUGAGACAGCCGAGUCUUCGCAAGGCUCUGCAGAUUCUCAGCCUCGGUCUGCUUCGGGCAAAAGUGUACCUAAAGAAGUCCUUGCACUACUAUCUGAUGCCCAUGCUGUUACAGACUCUGGUCCACGCAAGCGGAGGUCCAGAGUCUCGCUGGACCGCUCACCGAGACCAAAGAAACUAGCCAGACCCAUGCCAUCUUCUCCGAUGGUUGCCAAGGCCAGGGCAUUUUUCCCUUCUCCCUCUGUUCUCCCGGACAACUGCCAUCUCUUUUCGCCCAGAGAGUUCAGCCUGCCAGCAGAGUUCGACGAGCUGAUAUCGUUGAAGAAAGCCAAGGGAGAGCAUUGUCCGCUGCCCCGUGUACAAAGUGACAUUGUUGCAGAACCCCGACCUGAACUUGAUGGGACCGAAUGCAUGAGUGAAGCAAUGCCUUCCGGCAUAUCAUCAUCAUCUGCUCAGAAGCAAGAUGAAGGUGCUGCUCUGGUGCGCUGUCAACCAGCCACGCCUCUAUUCCAUGAACUGCCUUCGGAGCAGAUACCUGUGUCCGAGAAAGGGUCAGGCUUAGCCUUCAGUGACGAUGGGCAUCAGUUAGAGAUGGUUGGUACAAGCAAUGCUGUAUCAAUGCCACAUUGUGCUUCGCCACCUUGCAGCGAACCUCCACCAUCGGACUCCAAAGUUCUGACUGAAACGUCACUGGAUGAGAGUACAGCCCACCUUGACAAUGCACUGAUAGAUUUCUCCAUUGACUACACUUUACCAUGUUCGCCCACAUCGCCACAUGUCGAGACAAUGCCCAAGUGUGAUUCACAGCAGCAGGCUGUCUCUUCAGAGCCCGUUUUGCGAAGCCAGUCACCACCUCGGCAUGAAUCUCUUGUCAAUGAUGGUUCCCCACCCAAAUCUCAACUGCCCCGCUGUCACGAGCCUGUAUUGGAUGAACUUCAAUGCCCUUCAGCGGCAGAUGAGUCUACCAAUACCAGUAUGACCGGCAAAGUGAGGCAUGGUGCUGCAGCUACUCCUACUCCUACGCCCGAUCCGGAUAUCUCUCUGAAGCAUCACUGUGUUUUAUCGCACGAUUUCAUAGGAACGACAACUCAGCCUGUUCGCUGCAUUGCAUUCGGUUCACGGCGACUGCCGGCAGCUAGUAACAGCACAUCACCUGUGCGCAUACAGCCGGUGCUAGCUGUUGCAUUUCCACGUCUGCUGGUGCUAUGGGCAGCGUGCGGUAGUGUUUCAACAGCAUCUGGUGGUUCAGAUCAGUACUUGAUGUGGGAAGUUCUUGAUAAGUGGCACCUGAAUGAGGAUGAGCACAUUGACAUGGUGCGUGUACUUGACCAGUCACAAAGCGACUCAGCCGUUGCUAUCGUUGGUGGCCAGUUUGCUGACACCCCAUGCUGUGUGUUUGGUGUGGAUGGUGAUGAUGAAAAGCAACGCUGCCCUCUGGUAUCCCAAGACCCCGUGCACAGCUGGCCCUCAUCCGAUUCCAGGCAAUUCCAGUGCCUCUCUGCACACGUUUUGCCUGCAGUGGACAAGAAGCCAGGUACACACGAGUGCGGUGACUUGUCAUGUCAAGUUGUGCUCUCUAUCGCUGAUCAUCUUCUCGAUCAAGUUCAGAUUUCAGUGUGGAAUAUCAACUGCAGCGGAUGGCGAUUGUUGGAAGGAGAAUACUCUUUGCCCACUCCACACAGCCUCUUGGGAGUGAAGUCCUUUGCACACGCAGCAAACUCAUCCGGUCUUCUUCUAGCUACUUCACACGAUUCUCUUCUUGUUUGGAACUUGGAGCAAAGGACACUGUGUUGCUUACUGCCACUACACUGUGGAGGUCGUGUUGAAGAGCCGUUACUGCUGAUUGCAGAACAACAGCAGCAGGAUCUUCUGUUUGUCAUCAUUGGUCUGGUGGGACCUGAACCUGAUUCACAUGGUACAGGUCACCAGAGUUGUGCCGGGUACCUGUUGGCUGUGGACGUGGCAGCAUCACGAUGUGCGCUUGUCCGUGAGUACAAGCAACAAGAGACAAGCCCGCCUUUGAAAAACGCUGUAGCCUCUAUAUCUUCGUCACAGAACAUCCUCUCAGCAGCCAUAGGCAGUGGUUGUGUUCGAUUUUGGCGUUCAAAUCAGCCUCAGAGUUCAACCAUCUUCAAAUGGCAAGGUCCUGUGGACCAUGUUGCUUGCGCCUCUGAGCGCGGUCUGCUGGCAGUGGCGGCCCGAGAACAUGGCGAUGUUAGCCUGGUAUCGGUGCAAAGUUGAUCAAUAUUGUUUUCUUUUUUUCGCGUCAUGGCUGUGGGCUGGCAGAUCUUGAUGUCUUCAUUUGCUUUGUGUCAAGCUGUGCUGGUCAUUUACUCACACUUCCUGCUGUACAUGUAUGCAUCAUAGGAAUGACGCAUUGGCGAUUACUUAGAAAAAAUAUUAUAUGCUUAUCCGUAAAAUAUGUUAUGAUUGAGUCACAAACUUCUACUGUUCACAGCUCUAUCCGGGACUCACAGUGUCUGCUACCCCGAUGUGGUGCUAUUCUAGUCAUUGCACAGAUAUGCCCUGUUCUAAUAGUUAUAUGAAUAUGAUAAAUGAAAGCCAGCAUCUCAUCUAGCUUUGUGGUGUUGCUUUUGUUGUGUAUUUUGCAGCACCCUGAAGCGCACAGAAUACGAUAAGCACUACUAUAUACCUAAGCUAGACAGCUAAGUCCAAUUCAUUAUGAAUAUCAUGUCAAUGCCGUAACUAAACCAAACAAUUUUAUUAAUUCUACUGCUGAACCGGUCAGUUCUCGACGCAGCGCUCGCAUUCUAAGUACAUUUGUAUUUCCCCUUUCCUCGUGAUGGAUCUCCUCCACAGUAUUGGUGAUGCUUCUUUUGAAGUUAAAGUAGAAGAAAUCAGA